UCUGUUCUUGGAAUUUUGAAUAAGUAAUAUAUGUCUAAUCAUAUACAGUGUUACUAUAGUAACGUAAUAAUAUAUCGCAGCUCCUUGUGUAACAGCAAAUAAGUACCUGUUCAUGGACAUGAUAAGUAUCACUGUUAAGCUACUUUUUGGCAGUAUUUAAAAAUAUUGCACGUUGUUUUAACCCAUCGAAGGAGGUUAAAUUCAGAGCUAUAUGAUAAUCAUGGAAAGUUUGGAAACAUUAAGGUUACAACAAGUAUUAAUAAAAUAAACUAUGAAUAAGUCGCAGAAUGUACUUAAAGAUCUAGAUAUUGGCUUACUACUGCAACGUCUGUUGAGACAUAAUGCAACUACAAGAUUAGAAAUUCUUUCCAAGCUUCGAGCAGUGGUACGUGCAGGUGGUGUUGAGUUUCUUCAUUGUAACAAAUUGAUGAUUUUUGAGGGCUUCUUCAUAAUAUUGAGUGAUGCAAGGUGGGAAGUGAGAUAUCAUUGUGUGCUACUGAUUGCAGAUUUUUUACCUUAUCUUGGAGUAGAGACUGAUGCUUGUGUUUUAGUAGUUUUGCCACAACUAAUUCGAAAUCUUGGUCACGAAAAUUUGAUUCUUCGUCGUUCUGUUAUUCAAGUACUUCAGAGAUACCUGAAGUAUACUAACAAUUUACAGUGUUUUUUUCGUUGCUAUAUUCAAUUGGGUCUUGAGUCUGAAGAAUAUUCUGUGAAGAAAGGUGCUAUCUUGAGCCUACCAUCAUUGUUAACUGAAGAAUAUGGUGUGGAGAACCUUUACAUAUUAUUUGAAUCUCUCACUCACUUGGUGAGCCAAGGUGAACCUACUUUGUUUUCUCCAACUUACAUGGCAAUACAGAGAAUUAGAAAACUUAUUGGACCUAUAGUCUUCACUGAAUACUUGCAUAAGUUAGAAAAGAGUGGAAACAUGGGAUUAAGAAAGCUGAUAGAAAAAUGCAGUAAUGCCAAAUCUAGUAGAAGAUCUGAAACUACAUCUAGAAACACUGUUAAGAUAGAAAAUAUACCUAACUCUUAUCUCAGUUUUGGUGUAAGUGGGAAAAAAUUAGAUGGAGCUAGAAUAAAAAAUCAGUCUUUGAAAUUUGGUAUUUUUGAGUCCAGUAUUGUCAGAAACAUUUUAAAUGAAGAUGACUCCAUGAGAAUAGAAGGUGUAGAGCAGAUGAAAGCAGUUCUGAAAAGUACUGAUGAGUUAAAUCUUCUUCAAGAUCAACUAACUGUCUUUUUGUCAUUUCUCUCUAGUUUGUUAGAUGACAUGAAUUUUAACAUAAUCAUUGCUGUACUUGGUGUUUAUGAAACUCUUGUAGAAAAACUGAAAGGAAGUUUGAAAGUACAUAUCAAAAGUUUAGUUUUGGGGUUGACUAAACUUUUAGGAUACAGUAACCUUGUUGUUCGUGAACAUUGUGCUAGAGUGAUUCAUAAAAUAAUGCAUGAAAUUCCACCAAAGUUAGUGUUAGGAGUUUUGCUGACAAUAAAAAAUCAUCGCAAUCCACGUGUUAGAGAGGCUAUCAUUAACCGAAUAACUGCUGCAGUUCUUACUUUCCCAAGUUAUUCUUUAGAUAUUUGUGAACUCUGUGAAGCUAUUUCACCAUUGCUUGUUGAUAACAAAAGGCGAGUAAGACAGGCAGCAUUGGAAUGUUUUGCUACCAUGGGACAAGUGAUGGAGUCCUCCAAACUGGGAUCAUUAAUAACCAUAGUAGAAAGUAUGGAGCUGAAAUAUGAUGCUGAUGGUUUGAUGAGAGCAUUUCAAGCACGUCUUGCUAGAAGAAAGCUACCACGUUGCACUACUAAUGGUCUGAUUUUAUAUUCAGUAAAUAUUCCUACUUCUGCUGGAAGACAAGGAUUUCUGCUUCCAACAGGACCAGAUAUUGAAUGGAUACUGGGUGCAUCAUGCUCAACCUCUCCCUCAUCCACAUGUAAGUCAAAUGAUGAUCCCAGAGUAGUAAACCUGAAACAAGAAAAGGCUGAAGUACGAAGAUAUUUCAAAAGGAAAAAGAGAAAGCCAUCCCCAGAAUAUGUUAAUCAGGCCUUGAAGAGUUGCUAUGAGAGGUCUCUGUCUGAAGAUUCAGGACUAGUCACAAAAAUGAAAUAUGUAGCAGUCAAACUGCAGUGCACUCAGUACACUUGUAGAACAUGCACUUCUUCAGAAAACUUAGUAGAUGUGAAUUCAAGCCUGGAAAAUCUUCACAGAACUGAGCCUAACAGGAUAAAAUCUUGUUCUUAUCCCGUUAUAAACAAUAUCUCAAAUAAACAAGAGAAGAAUGUUUUCCCAGAAAAAAGGAAAGGUACCCAUCUGUUGAAGGAUUCUCCAAUUCCUUUGAAACCUGUACUUGCUCGGACAAAUUCUGCCUCACAUCAGCGAAAGAUAAGGCAUUUUAAGUAUACAGGUCAACUGAAUGUUGAAAAUUUGAGGAGUGUAGAAUUUAACAAGAGAACAAGAAGACCCGAACCUUUAAAAUGUGGAUAUAAUGUAGAUUGUGAGAGGAAAGUGAACCAUUCAAAAGAAAAAAACGAAAUUCUGAUGUUGCCUUUUGCCACAAACCAUGACAUCAGUGUUGAAAAAUUGCAAAGAUCCCAAGUGAUCCAUCCAGAACUAGUUCACCAAGAAAGGAGAAAGCAAUUUCCAGUGUCUGAAGCUUCUAUCGAGUGGAAAGAACAACUUCCCAAGUUGCAAGAUCAUCAGCCCCAUAAAACUGUCAAACAGACAACUGUAGCAAAGAAAAAGCCUUUCCUGACUUCCCCAACUACAAAAAGGAACAUACCCAGUUCAAAUGAACAGUAUCAGGUACUUAAUAAUGUACACCAAAAUGUUGCUGGACCUCCAAACCAAGAACAUCAGCCAAGUAAUGCUGGAGACCAAAAAACUGGUGGUGGUGGUGGACAUUCAGAAUAUGACAAUAUUUCCAAAAAUCCUGAGAAAGCAUUAAGAGAAAUUUUGAAUUCCAUAUCCGAUGAAAACUGGACCAAACAAGUGGAAGCAAUGAAGAACCUAGACCAUUUGGCUAGUUUUCAUUCAUCAGUGGUGCAUUGUCAUCUUCAUUCUGUGGUACUAGCUGUUAUUAGAGAGAUUCAAAACUUACGGACUUCAGUUGCACGAGUUGCCAUUGCCACACUUGCAAAUCUCUUUAUUAAUUUAAAAAGACAGAUGGAAACUGAUCUUAACCUGAUUAUCAAAAGUUUGUUACAUAAGUAUGGGGAAAAUGUAGGCUUCAUUCGAGAAGACAUAGAAAAGGCACUGGACAGGAUAAUGGAGAAUGCUUCACUACAGAAAGUUGCUCUAGCUGUAAUUGGUGGAGGUUCAAUCCAUCGAAAUGCUGCUGUUCGUAAGCUAGCUGCAGAAGUUUUAUCUAAAGCUGUUGAUGAAAUAGGUCCAGGCAGGUUGAUUACAUAUCACAAAGAAGUUGCAGAACAAAUCUGUUUUGCAGCUGCAGAAUUUGUAGUUGAUGCUACUCCAUUAGCAAGAUACUUUGGAAGAAAGAUAUAUGAAAGUUUAAUGUCACAGCCACAGUUUGACAAGAUGUUGCAAAAGUGUCUACCCUUCAGUACUUUGAAGAAUAUUGAAAGCAUUCUUGACACCAUUAAAACAAAGGGAAUUGGUGAGAAGCCAAAAGAAAGUGUAUCAGCUACUCUGAAGAAGUGAAAUCCAGUUUCUGAAGAAACUACAGUAGAAGAAAUCUGUGGUGCAAUAUUGUUUAUAUAUCCUUAUUAUGUGUAGUGUUAAAUUGUGAUUAAUAUUACAUGAAUAUUAUAAGUAUGUUUGUUUUACAAAUUAUUGUAAAUUUGUAUAAGUCUAUUAUUAUGUUAAUGAAAUGAAUGAAGACAUGUAAUUAUAUUUUACUUACUAAAAGUUUCCCAUUUUUAAA